AUAAUUAUCCACUUAUAGUACUUAAUUAUUGUUUUUUUUCAAACUAAUGCAGAUUAGUUUCUGUAUAGUCCUAAAUGAAAUAACAAAUUGAUUUUCUAUCAAUAAUUCCUUUUUAUAUAAGAUGCAAUGUAUAUGUUGACUCCAAAAUCAGAAUUUUAUUGGAAAAUGAAAAGAAUCUAAAAUAAAUCUCAAAUUCCUUUGUUGUUUUCACUCAAAUUUCUUCGCUUUCUUUUUUUGGCUAUGUAUAAAACAAAAAAAAAAAUUGACUCCACAAAAAACAUUAAUAAUUUAACAUAUUUAGAAAAAUAAGUGCUGAAUGGUUGCCCACAUGGGCACGUCCUAAUAAGUCUCCAUUCUUCAGAAUCUAUGCUUCAAAUACAAACCGAACAAAAGUGGGAGAAGAGAGAAAGAAAGAACAAAUACUUAUCUCUUUUUGUUAUCUCUUGUCUGAGUUUAAAAAAAAAAUGGAUCCUACUUCGAAUGAUCAUCAAGAGUUUGAACAAGUCGAAGCUAUUGAUGAUCUUCUCGAAGAUUUCUGGUUCUUUGAUAACUUACUUGGUAGAAGAUCAACAAUCUUGAGGUACUGUCAUUCAGAUCCUUACCCUUUUUCUCCUUCUUCUACUCAUCCCAAAACAGAAGUCUUGAACCUUGGAGAUUCCGUUCUGGAGAAGAAGCUUCUAGAAGCUCUCACAGUGGGAGAUUCUGUCCCACCACCGUGUACAGUGAAGGAAGAAGGUGGAGGUGAGCCUGAGAAGAUGAAAAAGAUGAAAAGGCAGUUCUCUGAGAAGAUUAGGGUUCAAGAAAGAACAACUUACUUGCAGAAGAAGGAACCUGUGGUUCAUCGGGGGAAGGGAGUUAGGGAAAGUUCUAAAAAUAACAGAACUGGUAGAAGUAGUUGUAAUAACAAGAGUGUCCCGAUGGGAGGGAGUUUGCAGAGAACUCAGACAUUACCUACCUACAUAGGAAGAGAAGGUGAUAGAAACGAGUUUGACGAUCAAGAGAGCGACAAUUCGAGAAUGGGAUACUUGAUUCGUGAAGCCAUCGCAAGCUCAUCUUCUGGGUUUACUACUCCAACGAAACAGAAUACUCCAAAGAUGUCAAGCAUUCCAAGGCAUAGACCACCGAGAAACUCGAGAUCAGAAGAAGCUAUUAAAGAAAUGGCUGUCAAGUCACAAGGAAGUAAAACGCUGCGUAAGACGUUGAGCAGCAUCGAUACGAAAGAGAUUAUGACGUUGAAGGAGUUGGACAUUACUGAACCGGAGAAGAAAGUAGUAAGAGAUGAUGAAGAACAGAGGAGGGUCGUGAAAAGCCGGUCGGCAGUGGUUGUGGGACAGCCGAUACCGGUUUGGGUUCCAAAGGAUUCGAGAAGAGACAUGAAAGCGCAAAUAAAGUUUUGGGCUCGAACCGUGGCUAGUAAUGUUCGACAAGAAUGUUAACAACAACAAAUGAUUAUCUAUAAAUAUAUACAGUAACUUCAUUUCUCAUAUUCUUUCGUUUCUUUUCUGUUCAAAAACAUUUAUCGAUUAUUUUACCAAAAAUAAUGAAGCAAAACAUGAUAAUGUGUUUGAUGA